CAACAGUACGAUAUGUUGGGCGUUGCUCAAUGCUCGGCAGCGCGGGCAGCACGUGGCGCCAGGACUUGGGUCGCCUUCGUCGGCGACUCCAAUCAACGGCAGAAGAUCCACUCCUUCAUGAGUUUCCUGCCCCCUGAGCUAACCUACACCUACUUCCUCGGGAAUAAAGAGGUGACGCAGGCAGAGUUCACAUAUGCUGUCGCUCACCAUAAACACAGGCCGCCAACAUUUGAUAUUGUGGGCAAGCCUCGCCCCAACGCGAAUUCGAAGACUUUCACCAGCCCAAGAGAUUCCGCCACGAACCCAAGAGCCUCGACCGUGACCACCACGAAUCCAAGAGCAUCCACCGAGAAAACCACGAAUCUAAGAGCGUCCACCGAGAAAACCACGAAUCCAAGAGCGUCCACCGAGAAAACCACGAAUCCAAGAGCGUCCACCGAGAAAACCACGAAUCCAAAAGCCUCCACCGUGAAAACCGCGAACCCAAGAGCCUCCACCGUGACCGCUACGAAUCCAAGAGCCUCCACCGUGAAAACCACGAACCCAAGAGCGUCCACGAACCAGAUAACCUCCACUACAAUGACAACGACCACUACCAGUCAUGGAGAAAACCUCACCAACAUUCAUCCAAACACUGAACUUCAUCUCAAUAGUGAUAAUAGCGAUCUGGUGGUCCAGGAAGACAUUAAUUAUUACCCCAAAAAGUCCAACGAUACUAAUACGCACAUAAACCACGUUUUCGUCGGAAACAAUGAUACAUUAUCUUUCGUUGAAAUGGAAAACACGGGAAAGAACAGAACGAAGGAGCCGUAUGAUUUCAGCUACUCGGAGGACGACUUGCUUGAUGACGACCCUCGUCUCAGCUCCUACGAGCUGAGAGUGACUCUGGUAUGGGCGCCUUUCGGCACUUGGAGGGACAAUUAUCUCGACCCACAUACUCGCUCCCGCAAGGUGACCAAACUGGAGGAGUGGGUAAAGGCGGAGGUCAUCCCUGAUGUCAUUGUCACAGGGUUUGGGUCGUGGAUGCUGAUGAUAAGAAAGGAUGUGGAUGAGCUGGUACCUUUCUCCGAGCUGAACAAGUUGGGCCUUCAAGUGGCACCCAUCUUUGCCAACCUCGCCCAAAGGACAAGAGUACUCUUCCUGUCCCAGAGCAGGUACCGAUGGUUCAACUUCGAAGGCACUAAACAACUGCCAAAUGAUCCCAAGGCAUUUUGGAAGACCCUUCUUGACAUGGGCCAGUUCCGGGACGCCCUGCCGCUGGUAGAUGCCUGGCUCUGGAGGAUAUUAAGGUCGACGGGGAUGUGGCACUGGGACUCGACCCUGCCCUUUAACCUUGCCAAUAUACGAGAGUGCCACAUGUUGUGGAACAACUCGGCGCUAUAUGAACCUCUCUACACAGAUUCCUGGUGGCACUGUCAAGACGUCCACCACGCCUCAUACGAGACCAACCACGAUGAAAUACAAAUGUUGCUGAAUCUUCUCUGUAACCCGUACCUGACCAGGGCUCGGAACUACUGCUGCUCCGUAACAUAAGGUUAUUUGUUGGGUGAAAAUGUGAUGCCAAAACUGGACAAAAAAUAGCUCCAUUUGAGCUUUUUUUUUAGGGAAAGCAACAGACGGUGAAGAACAGGGGUCAUAUCCUUGCUACUUCAUCUUCACUAACAUCACUACAAUGGUCGAUACUCUAAGAGCCUCUAGGGUUCUAUUGGAGUCUAAAUUUCCUGUGCUACAUCUUUGAUAAUCUAUGUACAUUCUAAAUGUAUUUGGCAAAACAAAACAUAGACCCAACUUGACCAACUAUAGAUAACUAUAGUUGUAUUCCCUGUUAUGUCCUUGGUCAAACAUAAUUUAACCUAUGUUAGGUUAGAUUUGUAUUUUCUAAUUCACCAUUUGCUUUAAAAUUUAAUACUUUCAGUCCCCUCAAAGGGGACUGAAAUAUUGAUAUGGUGAGCGGGGGUUCCUGUGCACUGCUCUCUGAUGUGUGUGUGGGUGGCUUCCACCCCAUCUCCUGCGAUGGUACUCAAGUGAAAACACCACACAGCUCGGCUGCCUGUGCUAUGCAUGGAGAUCUGUGUUAUCCUUCAUUUGGUCAUUGACCCUGGGGCAGAAGCUGCAGCUCCUGGGCUGCAACAUGCUGCUCUGGUAGGGGGUAUGGGGGUAACAUAGGAGGUCGAGUUGGGCCCGACCUAAAUCAGUUGGCUAGUCUGGCCGGCACGCUUCUGGUCAGCCAGAAGUAUAGUAUCACCUAUCGAUUCCUGGGCUGUCAUUCAGGUCAUCCAGUGGUUACCUGCAUAUACUCUCCGUUACCUCUGAGGUUGUACACAUGUUUAUGCCUCUUUCUGUGGCUCAGUUGUAAGUAGUGUGGUUUUUUAUACACCCUUCUCCUCCUUUGAGUCAUAUAGCAGACAACUAGGCCUUAAGACUGAGGCAUUGCAAGUUGGUUUUCCUCAUCUCCCAAGAGGGGUGGGGGGGCCGGUUCCUCCCUACUAGCUCUGCAAAUUUGCGACUCUUGCUGUGUUGGACUCUCUCCCCCUGCUCUGUUCUAGACUUUCCCCCUGGUAAUUUUCUUUCUGCCACUGUUGUAACCUUGACAGAUCUCUCCAGCAUAGUCUGUGGCUACUAGUUCGUCGCCAUGUGCAGCACUAAUAGUUGUGGUCGGCAUCAUAAUCUUGUACUGCUUUGCUCCAUCCCUUUCCAUGCGCCUCGUUCAAUAAUUUGUUUGGUCCACCUAUGUAAUAUAAAUAUUUUUCUCAUAUUUUGAAGGUCCUGCCAUUCCUGAUGAUUUUCACAAACUGAACAGUUGGUAGUGUAUUAAAUUGUUGCAGUGCAUCCCAACCAUUGUAGUGCAUGCUUUGUCAAAGUUCUCUCCCUCUUGUGCAUUGCUGAGGUUCUGGUUUGAGUCUCCCAAAAACAGGGGUUUGAAUGCCAACACCAGCACAGUCCUCCUCCUGUCUCACAUUGCAACAGGGGACAAAGAUCCUCAUGAUUUAGUGAAAAUUACUAUAUAUUGUUCUGUUGCAAUUUCUGCUGUACCAACCACCAUGUAUUUGCCCGUUUUUUUUGUCUACUUUUUUUUACUUUUGGUCUCAUUUACAGUAGUUUCUUUAGUUUUCAUUUUUUCCACAUAUUGCCCAAAAUCCUGUGCAUAUUAGUACUUUGGGCAUAGUACUUGCCCUAACUAGAAAUUUUAACAUUCUUCUUGUACCCUAUUUUGUAUGCAUGUACUUUUGUUUAAAUAAAAAAUAUUUAUUAUUA